GAUAAAAAUGUCUAAACAAGACUGGGCAAAUUGGAUUGAUGAUGCUACUUCAAAAAAUUAUAUUAAACAUUAUGAAUAUAAAGACUUUUUUAAUCUUAAAGAAAUUGGUUUCGGAGGCUUCGGAAAGGUUUAUCGUGCAAGCUGGAAAAAUCCUCGUAAUAUUUUAGCAAUAAAAUCUAUCAACGACCCCAAUGCUAAAAAAAUUGUUUACGAGCUUAAAAUUCAUCGUGAAGUACAUUUUAAUGAUUAUAUUAUAAAAUUCCAUGGUGUUACAAUAAAUAAUCAAAAUUCUGGUUCAAAGAAAUGCUAUAUGUUGGUAAUGGAAUACGCGGACAGUGGUACACUUCGAAAUUAUUUAGAAAAAAAUAUUAACAAUCUCACUUGGAAUGAUAAAUUCAAAAUGGCAUAUCAAUUAGCUAGUGGUGUAUUAUGCCUACAUGAAGAGGAUAUUAUUCAUUGUGAUUUGCACUCCUGCAACGUGUUAGUCCAUCAAAAUACAAUCAAAUUGGCUGAUUUUGGACUAUCAAAAAUUAUUAAUGACCCAAGUGCAUCACAACAAGGUGGUGUAAUUCCUUAUACUGACCCGAAAAGGUUCGUAACUGAUUCAUACUCUCUGAACCAAAAGAGCGAUGUUUAUAGUAUUGGCGUACUUCUAUGGGAAAUAUCAAGCUGUCGGCCACCUUUUAGAGAUAAGUCUAAUCAGCUUGGAUUACCGAUUAGGAUUUCGCAAGGUCUUAGAGAAACACCUAUUUCUAAUACACCUAAGGACUAUGAAAAACUUUAUACCGAUUGUUGGAAUCAUGAACCAGAUGAUCGUCCAAUUAUCCAAAAUGUGGUUGCUAGAUUAGAAGCAAUUAUGACGAAAUAUAAUAUAACUGAGAGGUCUGCUUGGACACCUCCUAUUAAUAGUUUAUCACAUAACAAUUUGCCUCGAGGUUUUAAUAAUAAUAUGAAUAAUACAAUCAAAGUAGAACCUUUAAAGUCACCGAGUAAAGCACCUCAGACUAACUUUUAUAAGCAAAAAUCCGAAAAAGAUAUAGUCGAUGGAAUAGCUGCUCUUUCUGAUGACAUAUACGAUCGAAAUAAAAAGCAGAGAAUUCUUAAUUACAUUAAAGAACAUCAUAAAACUUCAGGAGAAAUUUUUGACUGGCUAUCAAAUAAUCAAAGUGAAGCCAACUCUCUUCUUGUACUUGGAGAUUUUUAUUAUUUAGGAAUUGCAACUUUGGCUGAUAAUAAAAAAGCUUAUAAGUACUAUGAGGAAGCAGGAAAUAAAGGAAAUAGCUUAGCUCAGUACACUCUUGGAAUUUUAAGUGAAAAGGAAGAAAGAGAUACUUGUGCAGCAAUGUAUUGGUUUAACGAAUCUGCUAAACAAGGAAACCAAAAAGCUAUAAAUAAUUUCUAUAGAUUACAAAGUGAUAAUUGCAGAUCCUAUAAACUUACAAAUAAAUAUAGCAUGAUGGGUCGAAAUCUUGUUUAGUUUUUUUUAUUAUUUAAUAUUUUAUUAUUUCAUCAGCUUUAAUUACCUUUUUAAAUUAUAAUACAAAAAAUAUUAGUUUGUAAACGUUUUAUA